GAAAUAGGACUGGCCAUUCCACUUUGCUAGUUGUGUGUUUUGGGGGGCCGCUGGGGGAAGGGAGGACCAACCACAGGGCCAGUAAUCCGCGUCAGCCCUCUCAUUCCGAGAAUGGGGUGGAUCUCUUAAAGGCGCUCCAUCCCCACCCCACCCCCGCGCGCACCCCGCUCCCUCCACACCUCCAGGGGCAGUGAGCCACUCAACUCUAAAGCAGAGCGAGUCCCAGGACUUGAGCGCGGGAAGCGAAUGGAGUCAGGGUCAUUCGAUUGCACCUCUCUCGGCUGCAGGCCGGAGCGGGGUACCAUCCUACACUCUGGGUGCUCGCUCCUCCUCCCGUCCCCCGCGCACCCCUGCCCUGGCUCUUGGUGCUCGGCAGUCUCGCUGGGGCGCUGCAGCGAGGGAGCAGCGCGCUCACCAAGACCCGGACGGCUGCGGGAGCGGCGUCCACUUUGGUGAUACCAUGAAUGGCUCGGGCAGCCAGGGGGCGGAGGACACCAGCCAGGAAGGCGGUAGCGGCGGCUGGCAGCCUGAGGCAGUCCUCGUACCCCUAUUUUUCGCGCUCAUCUUCCUCGUGGGCACCGUGGGCAACGCGCUGGUGCUGGCGGUGCUGCUGCGCGGCGGCCAGGCGGUCAGCACCACCAACUUGUUCAUCCUCAACCUGGGCGUGGCCGACCUGUGUUUCAUCCUGUGCUGCGUGCCUUUCCAGGCCACCAUCUACACCCUGGACGACUGGGUGUUCGGCUCGCUGCUCUGCAAGGCUGUUCAUUUCCUCAUCUUUCUCACUAUGCACGCCAGCAGCUUCACGCUGGCCGCCGUCUCCCUGGACAGGUAUCUGGCCAUCCGCUACCCGCUGCACUCCCGAGAGUUGCGCACACCUCGAAACGCGCUGGCCGCCAUCGGGCUCAUCUGGGGGCUAGCACUGCUCUUCUCCGGGCCCUACCUGAGCUACUACCGUCAGUCGCAGCUGGCCAACCUGACAGUAUGCCACCCAGCAUGGAGCGCACCUCGACGUCGAGCCAUGGACCUCUGCACCUUCGUCUUUAGCUACCUGCUGCCAGUGCUCGUCCUCAGCCUGACCUAUGCGCGUACCCUGCGCUACCUCUGGCGCACAGUCGACCCGGUGACUGCGGGCUCAGGUUCCCAGCGCGCCAAGCGCAAGGUGACACGGAUGAUCAUCAUCGUGGCGGUGCUUUUCUGCCUCUGUUGGAUGCCCCACCACGCGCUUAUCCUCUGCGUGUGGUUUGGUCGCUUCCCGCUCACGCGUGCCACUUACGCGUUGCGCAUCCUUUCACACCUAGUUUCGUAUGCCAACUCCUGUGUCAACCCCAUCGUUUACGCUCUGGUCUCCAAGCAUUUCCGCAAAGGUUUCCGCAAAAUCUGCGCAGGCCUGUUGCGCCGUGCCCCGAGGCGAGCUUCGGGCCGAGUGAGCAUCCUGGCGCCUGGGAACCAUAGUGGCAGCAUGCUGGAACAGGAAUCCACAGACCUGACACAGGUGAGCGAGGCAGCCGGGCCCCUUGUCCCACCACCCGCACUUCCCAACUGCACAGCCUCGAGUAGAGCCCUGGAUCCGGCUUGUUAAAGGACCAAAGGGCAUCUAACAGCUUCUGGACAGUGUGACCCGAGGAUCCCUGGGGGUUAUGCUUGAACGUUACAGGGUUGAGGCUAAAGACUGAGGAUUGACUGUAGGGAACCUCCAGUUAUUAAACGGUGCGGAUUGCUAGAGGGUGGCAUAGUCCUUCAAUCCUGGCACCCGAAAAGCAGAUGCAGGAGCAGGAGCAAAGUCAGCCAUGGAGUUUGAGGCCUGCUUGAACUACCUGAGAUCCAGUUUGAACAAUAAUAAAACAUUUCAAAGGCU